AUGGAACACCACCUCGACGAGAAGAGCUUGGCACCGCCGGCGACGCUCACCAUCACCAAGGACGCCAAGGAAGAACAGGUCGCGACACUUCCGACGCCGGCCGAAGUAUGGCGUGCCAUCCAUGCCAUGUUUGCUGCCCAAAGCCAAGCUCAAGCGAUCAACACCCGCAUCGAGCUCACGAAUCUCCAGAAAUGUAACACGACCAUGGCUAAAUAUCUUGGAAAAAUUAGAAGUCUUACCGAUGAAGUAGCUUGCACCGCCGCCGCGCUCUCUGAUCCGGAGAUUGUGUCCAAGAUCCUUGCCGGACUAGACAUGGAUUACAAUCCUGUGGUCUCAGCCCUUGCUGCUCGGGUGGAACCGGUCACAGUUCAGGAGCUAUACAGCCAGCUCUUGAGCUUCGACGCCCGCCUCAGCCUCCUCCACGGCGCCAACAUCCACCAGUCCUCCGCCAACUCUGCCUCUCGUGGCCGCGGCGGUGGGCGCGGUCACCAGGGGCAACACAGCAGUGGGCGUGGGCGCGUUAACAACGAUGGGGGCUACAACAAUAACAGUGGCAGCAGUGGCUACAACAACACCGGAGGCAGCAGCGGCUACAACAACACCAGCGGCAGCAGCGGCUACAACUACCGGGCAGGGGGUGGCGGCUUCAACAACAACAACAACAACAACAACCGACGUGCCUCUUCCUCCCGUGCACGUCCUCGAUGCCAGCUCUGCAAGAAGGCGGGCCAUGAAGUCAUGGACUGCUGGCACCGGUAUGAUGAAAAUUAUGUCCCCGAUGCUCGUCAUGUUGCUGCAGCCAUGCGUGAACAAGGAGGAGAAGGAGUUUGGUACGUUGACUCUAGUGCAACGGAUCAUGUCACAAGUGAACUAGAGCAACUUGCCCUCCGUGAACAGUACCAUGGCAAUGAUCAAAUUCACACCACAAGCGGUGGAGGUUUGGGUCAUCAUUUUAUGUGUGCGGGAAAGGACAAAAACGACACAGAAUCCGCGGCUGAUUUACCUGGCAGGGGCGCGCGAUCCUGCGCUGAUCCUCGCGCCAGGCCUGCCCUUGCUGUUGAGCGAUCCGAGUUAGAUCGCCAUGCAGCCAAUCAGGUGGACGCCAGCGUGGACCCAGCCGGUCCCGAGACGGAUGUGGCCGAUAGCCCGCAUCUGGUGGACCCCGCCAGCCCACGCGCGGGAUAG